UAGGAAAGUUCAGGUUCAGUACGUGUCCAGUGCAUACGUUCUUGAGUGGGUUAUAUGAACGCGGGAACGGGCGGAGCUAGUCAGUCUCAGCGUCAGGGCUACACAAACCUGCUGCCAAGACACGUCUCCUCUCCCUCUCUGGCAAAUACUCAGUAGGCAAGAGGAACAAGUUAUUUCCAACAAGUAACUAGUGGCAACAGACAUUACCAACACAACAAGAGGAAUAAGACAUCAACACAACAAGAGGAACAAGACAUUGCCAACACAAGAACAACAAGACAUUGCCAACACAAGAACAACAAGACAUCACCAACACAAGAGCAACAAGACAUCAACACAACAAGAGUAACAAGACAUCAACACAACAAGAGUAACAAGACAUCAACACAACAAGAGUAGCAAGACAUCAACACAACAAGAGGAGCAACUAGAGUAACUCCACAAUUCUUGCAGUCAUCAGAAGGGACUUUUGAGCAAAUUGCUUCAAAACCCGAAGAAAAAAAAUAGUGUAGAAAAAUUCCUCAGCUGUUGUAGGCAUGAUGGUGGGCAUAAACCUCAUUGUUGGGGCGCUGUAUGCGAUUCUAGGAAUGUCUUAUGCUAAUGAGACCCUCUGCCCUGGUGGUUUAGUCAAAUGUCCAGAUUACAUGACUUGUUGUCAACUGGCAAACAUGGAAUAUGGGUGUUGUCCAUUUCCCACGGCUGUGUGUUGUCCAGACCAUGUACAUUGCUGCCCUCAGAAUAUGAAGUGUGAUGUCACCCAUCAAGCUUGCUUGAAAAAUGGAUUUCCAGUUAAAUUUUUCUGGAAUGUUCCUGUGCAGCCAGAGCUCCUCGAAGUAGUUGACUCUGAGAGUAAAACUUUGGACCUCCAAGCAGAGACUAAUGAAGCAGAGCAGCCUCAAGAUAACCUUGAUGAAAGGAAAUGUCCUGAUGAGCAUGUUUGCCCAGGAACUUUCACUUGCUGCAAGAUGUACAGUGGGAAAUAUGGUUGUUGUCCAUUUGAUGGUGCCGAGUGCUGCUUAGAUGGUUUCCACUGUUGCCCAAAGGGCUCCCACUGUAAUCCUGAUACUGGCGGCUGUUAUCAUGAAAAGAUGAAUUUCACUAUGAAUGCAUACAGUAUGAAGACAAAGCUUCCAAAAGCAACGAAGAGCAAAGCUAAACCAAAACCAUUUCAUCACAAUGUGGCAGCAAUAGUUCCAGGAGGAAAGUGUCCUGAUGGUCACCCUUGCCCUAACAAGUUGACCUGUUGUAAAGUGAUCAGUCAAGGCUUUGGAUGCUGCCCAUAUUCUGAUGGUGUUUGUUGUACAGAUUUAAUGCAUUGUUGUCCUCAUGGAACCACCUGCAAUACCACCCUUGGUACCUGUGAUGUGCAAAAGAACUUGAGAUGGUCAGUUCCUGCUCACUUCCUUCAGACUGCCACCCUGCUAGAGGUACCAGAACUUGAGAAAAAUUCAGCUGUUGAAAUACUGAAUGAAACCGACAUAGUAUGUCCAAAUAGACGAUACCAUUGUAAUGAUGGAGAAACUUGUUGUCCAGUUGGUGGUGGUGCUUAUGGAUGCUGCCCCAUGCCUCUAGCAACUUGCUGCCCUGAUAAACAACACUGUUGUCCUCAUGGGUAUGAUUGUGUUAGUGGGACAUGUCAGAGAAGGACAACAGAUUCCCGUAAUCAUCUCCAACUUUUCCUUGAGAAGUUGCCAACACCUAUCAGAGAUGGAAAACAAACAAGCUCAGACAUAACACUACCCAACUCAGAUGUAACACUACCCAGUGAUGAAGUUGCUGAUAUUUUAUGCCCAGAUUUUCAAACCCAGUGCCCUGAUGGAAAUACUUGCUGCCCCAUAACUGGUGGCAGAUAUGGAUGCUGCCCAAUGCAAGAAGCCACAUGCUGUGGUGACUUGGAGACUUGCUGCCCUUAUGGUUACUGGUGCACAGAUGAAGGCUGUGAAAGAAUGCCACAAACAAUUUCAAACUUAUUGCCUUUUCUAAAUAAGAUACCUAUAUCUCCUAGUUUGUAAGGAACAAGUUUUCUAUAAGGCAGUGCUGUUUUAAUUUGUAUUCUUAGUAUAAUAUACUAAUUAAAAUAGCAUGUAUACUGUUUGAAACAGUAUAUAUAAAUUCUUUAAUUGUGAUUUUUUUUAAAUGUUGAAUGAGCAUACUUGGAUUAUCAGUAUUCAUUAGUUUAUCAAAUGUGCUGCCCAGUGUUCACAAACUUAACAGUUUGAUGUAUAUGUACCUGGGUUGUAUAACCCUUAUGGGUUUAGUGCUUUAUUAUAUGACUGAAUUUUUUGUGUGUAUAGGACACUUUUUAGAAAAAAAUACGUUAAAUAUUUUAAUAAAUUUUUGUACAAGACA